UUGUCUUAAGACUUUGGAAGGAACUUUGAUUCAUUAGACUGGUCCACAUUCCUUAGGUCAACAGUGUUUGUGUGUGUUUGUGUGUCUCAGGGUGUCAGCUUCACCACCCCAGGGUAAAGUCAUCAGGUAAGGGUAAGCUGACAGCCAUGGGAAUCAAACCUCUCAGUUAUCUCCUGCAACAGUCACAUCCGACUCAGGAUACCAAUCUGUUAGAAAACACUAAAACAUACUUCUGGUCUACAGUCUCCAAUUACAACAUUUAAGUAUGAUGAUGAAAACUCAUAUGAACUUGGCACAGUUCUUUCCAUUCUUCUCUGGUCGUGUGAACCUGCCAGGACAGGAAGUGGAAGAGUGUGUGUGUUUGUGUGUGUGUAAGUAAGUGGGCUUCUGUCUGUGCGUGUGUGUACCUGCUAUCACGCAGGUUCUGGCGCCAACCAAGGGUAACAUCCUCCAGCACAGAAAGCCUCUACCUCAGUCUCUCUCUUCCUCAUUCCAGACAGAGGUGGAGAAGGUCGAUGAGAAGGUGGAGGAGAAGGUGUAGUAGAUAUAGGAGCUUAUUUGGAAUGUGAAAAUACUUAGCAAAAGAAGAGAAGAAGAUGUGACUAUAUCUGACCAAAUACACUGUAUCUUAAGAAAAAGUGGGAAGCUUUUAUAAUGAUUAUCAAACAGACCAAAGAAAUUCACUAAAUAACGAUUGAUCAACAAUCUGCACAUGGUUCUCACAAUGCAUUUUAUGAAAAAGGGAGACCCCAGUAAUGUUUUGAAGAAGGGCGUAGAACAAUUGUUGGCCUCUCUCCCCAACAUAAAAGGGAUGGGACAUGGGAGGUGUUAAGAGACAUAAUUUGCCUAAACGUCCUGCAUACUUACCCUGUAGAUUAAUAGUACUGCUCCCUCAACUCCACUCUCCCCUGCCCUGCGCUACAGCUGCGGAGAAAACCUCUUGAUGAACUGACUACUGCAUGGAUCCCCGUCUUUCAAGAGGACAAUCGAUUAUCGACGAGCAUGCCUUUCUCCCUCUCUCAGCAAUGCCUGGGUCUGAUUGUACUGGGAACGAUCUUUCUGCAAACAAUCGCAGUCGCCAUCAGUUUUAUGUUAUUCAACAACGUCCUGGAGACGAUGCAUCAGAGCUUCUCGCGGAGUAGUGUCUCGUGUCUGUUGAACCCCAACGUGCACCCCGGGCGCGUGAACGCAGCAGGGGGGGAGCAGAAGGCCGAUCCCUGUUGGCAGGUCAUGCAACAACUCCACUACCGCAUAGAGAAGACCAUGGCCGAGCGGUUGCAGCGGGAAGUGUCAGCCCCAGUGAUAAACCAGGUAUCUGGGGUGUUUCCGGUCCAGGGGUUCUGCAGUGAACUUAGUCUUGGGGUGUCUGCUCACGUGACAGGAGGCCUCCGACAGAAACAGCCACCAAAAGAGGGCUCUCACAGCAGCAGGGGGUUUCUGGGAGAGCGUAUCCGUGAGUGGGAUGGGCAGAGGGGGCUGUCCUUCCUCCAGAACGUGGAGCUGAAGGGGGGAGAGCUGCUGGUUCCUCGCGCCGGCCUCUACUUCAUCUAUGCCCAGACGUACUUCAGCCUCCCCCCCACGGAGGAGACGGAGGGGGACGCGAGCGAGGAGGGGACGCAGCUCAUCCAGUACAUUUACAAGAAGAUGAACUCGUACUCGGUGCCCAUCCUUCUGAUGAAGUCGUCCAGAAGUGCCUGCUGGUUCCAGCGUCAGGAGUCGGGCCUGUUCUCCCUCCACCAGGCCGGCACUGCCCGCCUGCAGCCCGCGGACCGCCUGUUCGUCACCGUGAGCAACGCCAGCGCUGUGGAGACAGACGCGAGGGCCAGCUACUUCGGGGCCUUCCUGGUGGGCUAGAGGGGCCCUAGCAGGGAGAGGUGCCCAGGGAGGGUGCCUGAGUGUAGGUGUGUAGUGUAGCGGGCGGUAUGGAGGGGUGGAGAACGGAGGAAGCAAGGAUUGUUCAGUCUCCCAGAGCCCUUGUAAAUAAACUGUCUGCAGAGAUCACGUGUCUCUAGGGAGCUGACGUCUUAUCCUCCGUGAUGUGUGCAGGAGUGGGGCUGGGGACUUCAGCGUCACACACAUGGUGCCAGUGAUGCGUGUGUUUGAUGGGGGUGGAAGAGUGAUCAGGAGAUGAAUGGAUGUGUGGUUAUGGUUUGUUUGUGAUGAGGUAUUCAGGCAGUGGAUGUGUGUGAAUGUGUUUUUGCAGUAUGACAACGUAACACAUCCAGUAAUGAGCUUAUUGUGUGGUCUAUGGAGUGUCUGAUACUACUCUCAUUAUUAUCUAAUCUGGAAAUUCUGUUUCUGUGUUUGUUGGCUACAACAGUUAAGUCCUUAUACUGGAGGUGUGUGUGUUUCCCAAAUAAUGUGAAUAUAGUUUUGUUCUUUAUA